AUUGGAACCCUAAUUAAGGAGGAGAUUAAAGGUAAAAAAACAUGGCGUAGAUCUGCAGAGAUCAAAAUUCUGGGUGUCUCUUCCUCUUCCGCCUCGAUGCUGUGGCCUCAUUCUCCAUGUUAUUGCCCCCAUCUUCAGGAACUAUGUAAAACCCAAACUCAACUUGAUAUGCCCUCUCGAGAAUCCAACCUCAUCGCCCUCCUCUUCGGUUUCUUCUCUCUGCAACUCGGUGGAGAAGAAACUCCCAAACCCUUCCUUUUCCCAUUCCUUUCCCCAUUACCCCACCUCCUAAUUUCUUCUCCAUUCCUUAAUUCCAUCGUUGUUCUUCAUUUCCGGUGAUGGGUUCUUGAGGGCUGUUUAGAUUUCUUUCUUUUUUUCUUUCUUUUCUGGGAAUGCGAUUGAUUUGGGGAUGAUUAGUAAUGGCUCGGGACGGGCAUGUAGUGCCGGUGGAUCCACAGACGACGCUCACUGUGAAGAAGAAGAAGCAAUCUUCUCGGAAUUGGAUUCUGCUGGAUUGUACGGGCCAAGGCACCGUCCUCGAUGCCGACAAGUAUCAAAUUAUGCAUCGGGUUCAAAUUCAUGCGCGCGAUCUUCGGAUUCUUGACCCUUUGCUUUCUUAUCCCUCCACGAUUUUGGGGCGUGAGAGGGCCAUUGUUCUUAAUCUCGAGCAUAUAAAGGCGAUCAUUACUGCUGAAGAGGUUUUUCUUAGAGAUCCGACCGAUGAACAUGUCAUCCCUGUGGUUGAGGAGCUUCAGAGGCGGCUGCCUCCUUCUAAUGCGGUCCAGCUUCAUGUUCAAGGAGAUGGGAAAGCGUAUCAGGGUCGGCAACACGACGGUGAAGCUGAAGAAGAUGACUCGCCAUUUGAAUUUCGUGCCCUUGAGGUAGCUUUGGAAGCUAUAUGCAGUUAUCUUGCUGCACGAACAACUGAGCUCGAGACUGCUGCUUAUCCUGCCUUGGAUGAGCUUACUGCCAAGAUUAGUAGCCGAAACUUGGACAGAGUUCGUAAAUUGAAGAGUGCAAUGACCAGGCUGACUGCGAGGGUUCAAAAGGUGAGAGAUGAGCUCGAACAAUUACUGAAUGACGACGAUGAUAUGGCAGACCUUUACUUGUCAAGAAAGAUGAAUUCGUCUUCUCCUGUAAGUGGUUCUGGUCCUGCCAUUUGGUUUCCUGCCUCUCCUACCAUUGGUUCAAAGAUAUCAAGAGCGAGCCGAGCAAGUAUGGCAACUGUACGUGGGGAUGAGGAUGACAUCGAGGAGCUUGAAAUGUUACUGGAGGCUUACUUUAUGCAGAUUGAUGGUACAUUGAACAAAUUAACUACACUGCGAGAAUACAUUGAUGACACAGAAGAUUAUAUCAAUAUCCAGCUUGACAAUCACCGAAAUCAACUCAUUCAGUUGGAGCUCUUUUUAAGCUCUGGAACUGUUUGUUUGUCUAUAUAUUCUUUGGUGGGUGCAAUAUUCGGCAUGAACAUUCCAUACACUUGGAAUGAAAAUCACGAAUACAUGUUUAAAUGGGUUGUCAUUGUUUCUGGAGUAGCUUGUGCGAUAAUGUUCGUUGCAAUUAUUUACUAUGCUCGCCUCAAAGGUUUGGUCGGAUCUUGAUCUUCCUGUAUUCAAACCGAUCCUUUACAAGCCCAUAAGGAAAAGAAAAAGAAAAAGAAAAAGAAA